AUGGCAUCUUGUGUUAUUCCCAAGGCGGCCAAUGAGCCGCCUGUAUUCAAGGAGCACAGUCGGAACGCCGUCAGCCACCGUACACAUUAUGAGACUGCUCGGAGAACUACAACCCGCAUCUCCCAACCUCGGACGCCUCGACCUGUCAUGACAGAAUCUCCGGUCUACAAACCCCGCAUGGACCUCUCCAACAACCUUCUCUUCCGCCUCAGCCUCUACUACAUCUUCGUGAGCCCCGAGACAUGGCAAGUCGCCUCAUUGCUGAAUCAACUCCACAAAAUCGCUCCAGGCAUUGCUACACAAGAGGUCAAAUCCACCUACCUCCAUUUGCAUGACACAGAGCAUCCUAUGUGGGUCCGAGCCAAAGACAUGGCGAUUCAGGAGCCGGAUGAGCUGAAGCGGAUCAUGCGAGAUGAAAUUGGGUUGGGGGGCGAGAGGUGGGACGUUCGUGUGGUGAAACCUGUGAUGGCGAUGGCUAUAUUGAGGUUGAUCAGGGAUUGA